ACUUCCGCAUUCGAAAAUAAGGUAAAUACAAAGGUAGCACAAGUCUGGAAUUAGUUAAGGCAUUGUGCUGGACUCUUUUGUUCACCAGUAAUCUGAAACAGAUUUUUUCUCUCUAGUUUAAUAGUAGUUUACAAUAUUUGGUUGGCUCUUUGCUGCAUAGGUGUUGCUUUAAUAUGACCAUUGCCAGUUUGCCCAGUCUGACCACAAAUAUAAAAUGAACUCAAGCAAGGCGUGUGCUCAAACCACAACUCAACUAUGAAAUUACACCCACAUGUGACCAUGAAAUGUUUAUUAAAAGGGGCAGUAUUUUCCAGUCGUGACAGAGGUAUAAGCUUUAUAUAGUCCAAAUGUUUAGAGUUACCUAACUUUUUAUAGCAUCAUUGAGAAUUUGUUGAACUGGUCGAUGCCAUGUUAGAUCUUAGGCAGCAUUAGGGCGUCACAGUAAAAUUUUAAUGACAUGAUACACUCUCAGAAAAAAGGGUACAAAAGCUGUCACAGAGCAAGUACAUCUUUGUACCUAAAGAGUGCAUUUUAGUACCUUAAAGGUAAAUACUGGUACCUCAAAUAAACAUAUUGUUACUCCCAAAAGUACAUAUCUGUACCUAAAUGGUACAUUUUAGGACCUUUUUAAAGGGCACCAUCCCAGUGACAGCUAUUGUACCUUUCUUUCUGACAGGGUUUUAGAAAAGAACUUGAUUUUAAAUGAAACUGUAAAUCUUAAAAAUUUUUUUGAAAUAAGCAUGACAUUUCUGAAACACAGUUUGAAAAAAGAUUAAACAAAGUUGGUCAUUGGUAUAUACAAAAGUGUUGUUUAUAAUUUUCUUCACAAUGAUGUAAAUUAAUAAACUCUUUCUCAACAAGAUAAAAUACAAAAUAGUGCAAGGAUGUUUUAAUGUGCAUUUGUGUAAAUACAGUAGGUGAAUUUCAAAGGUACGUUAAAAGUGGUUUUAAACAUGUAUUUUAUGCGUGUUCCUAUAGUUGCCAUGUAACACAUUUACAUGAAAGCCAUUCAUUAAGCAGUCACUUUUAUCUAAAGCAUUUAACAUUGUGUCCAAUGAGCCAACUAUAAGUAUAAUCUACAGAGCAAUGGAACAUCAUGUAUUAACAUAUUGAUAAUAAAAAGUAUGGACUGAAUGCACUGUAAGUCACUUUGGAUAAAGGUGUCAGCCAAAUGUUUCUAUGUAAUGUCCUUUUUCCAGUUUUUAUUUCCUUUUUUUUUAAACCAUGGAGAGAAAAUAAAGUGAAAUUGUGCAUGUCUGUGCAUGGCCUCUAGGUGGCACUAUAGUCAACAGGGAGGAGUUCAACCGCAGAAACUAUAAUGAUGCUUAUUGACACGUAUGAAAGUUUAGAAAACAGACUAUUCAUAGCCAGCUAGACUUACUUUUCCCUUACGCAAUAGCGACAACCUGACGUGUAUUAAAUAUAUAUAUAUUUAGAAAUGUUACAUUCGUUAAAGGAGCAGCAUCGCGAGGGGAGAAGAAAAUAAACAGACGGAUCAUUGUGUGUUUGGUAAAUACGUAAACGUUACCUCAGAGUCGCAUGGCACAGAGUGUUGGAGGAAUAGAUGGGGAAAAGCAUCUGCUCCAGACGGCAGAGGAGAUUAUUUCAGAUUUUCUUAUUCCUGCUCUUCAUCUGUGGGACAGUGUGCGCUUUUAUGAUCUCAUAUGAGAUGCAUAAAGAGCUGAAAAAGACAGAAGCGACUGCUUUACAGUAUCAGCAGCAUCAGGAGUCGCUGUCUGCGCAGCUGCAAGUGGUUUAUGAGCAUCAUUCUAAACUUGAGAAAUCUCUUCAGAAAGAGAGACUCGAGCACAAGAAGACUGAAGAGGAGUUCCUGCUCUUUAAACGGGAAUCACAGAAGACCCUGAACAAAGAAAAGCAAGAUUCCACCAGUCGACUGAAUAUAUUGCAGACACAGCACCAAAUACUUAAGUCCCAGCAUGAAGACUUGAAGAUGCAAUAUUAUGAACUACAGAAGAAGAACCAGAAUCAAGGGGAGGAUCAUGAACGAAUCAUAGAUGAGCACAAACAGGAACUGGAUCACCUGCAUAGAGAGAAAGAGGUUGAAAUAUCUCAACUAAAAGAGAAUCUGUACAACCUUCAAGUGGAAAACAGACAACUGAGGAAAGCUCAUCAGGACAUCUACACACAGAUGCUUGACGUGCGGGAACAGCACAAGAACCUGAAGGCUUCGAAAGAUCAACUUGCACUCACUUUAGAAGAUCAUAAAAAUGCACUUUUGGCAGCACAGCUUCAGGUGGAUGAGCUGAGGCGAUUAAAGGAAAAUCGCAAUAAAGCAUCCAGUGCAGGCCAAGCGGAUCAAAUUCGGAAGUUUGCAACCGAGCGCACCUACAGCCACAUACUGGAGACGGUAGAGCCCAGACACAGACCAAAUGAGGAGCAGGAUAAAAAGCCCAAUCAGGUGGAAGGAUAUAUGGAGAAGCGAAAAGGAUUUUUCCCUCAAGAGGAAAGGGGAAAGAAAGGGGAAAAAGGCACAUCAAAGGAUAGAGAAGGAGAGGAUGAGAGUAAAAAGCCAUUGCUGGAACAUUUCUUAUCAAACCCAAAAGAGCUGGCCAUGAACUCCAACUAUACGCUAAGCCAAACCCUGAAGAAACAGAUACGGAUGGAGCCGCUCCACAGAACUGAAGUACACCUUGGGGCUUUGGAUCCAGUUAUUGCUGUUGGAAACGCUGUGAAAUCACAUGGUGUUAUAGCGGGACAAGGUGCAAAAGAGGACACUCAACACUAUGACACGGUGGCAGGCAAACCAGAGCGUGAGGACCACCCGGAUGAGGAAUAUGAUGAUGCAGAGGAUGAGACUCUUGAUGACUCAGUGCAUAGAGUAAAAAGAGCAGAUGAGGAAGACAAUGAAGAAGAUCCUUAUCGUGAGCAUAAUGGAGCAGAGGUCAGUUAAAUGCUCAAGAAAGCUAUUCAUAUCAAUCACAUUAACCAGACCGCAUUAGCCUAAACUUAAACAGAAGCGGCAACUGAUGGGAAUCAAAAAGAGAGCUUUAAAAAAACACUGAUCAAAAUGGAUGAAGAACAACCAAUCAAAAGCCUGAGAUGUGAAGAUCUGCUUCCAGUGUCAUAUGAGUGGUUAUACCCUACAAAGUGUUAUGACGUAACGCAUCAAGGUUUUAAGAUCACUUGUUUUUCGAACUGACUACCUAUGCAGUUUUUAUGUAGUAGAGAUUUGUUGAAAAGUUAUAUUUUAUCAAAAAACUUAUCAAUUCUGACAUGUUUCUGAAUGAAAUAUAUGUAAUGACUCCAUACAUAGUGCUUCUCAUAUAUCAAGAAAUGUUUCAAUGAUUUCCUGUUUGCAGUUAUUCUCAGCUCUGUCUUUUAUUUAUGUUAAAAUUUCUUACUAAGAGUCAGUUUCCCGGACAGGGUUUAGGUUAAGCCAGGACUAUGCCUAAACUAAGUAGUUUUUACAAACAUACCUUUCAAAAAACAAUACUGGUGUGCAUCUUGAGACAAAAUAAUGGCACUGAAAUAUGUUAAGAUAUGUCAAUGCAUGAUGUUUUUUAUAAUUAUGGCAGCUCAAACAUGCAUUUUAGUCUGGGACUAGGAUAAGCCCUGUCCGAAAAACCACCCCUAUAUGUUGUAAUGUAGUAAGAAGUGUAGAAAGAGUAAAGCGAAGGAUCGAAGAGUCUGACAAACAUUACUUUUGUAUUUUUCUAGCAUUUUUACUAUAUAUAUUUUAUUUGAGAGCUUUGUUCACAUUUGAUCUUUCUCUGUCACGUAUACAAUUUUAAAAGUUGUCUGCUGUACUUUGUUCUGCAAACCAACCAAAUUUUGUUUUACAAAAUGUUUGUCUUGUUUUUCUAAUAAACGUCUUAUUUAAAACAUA